UAAUCAUUACAAACGUUAUUACUGUCUCUGAAAAUAUUCUAUUCAUUGAAUGUAUUGUUAAUUAUAUGGUUUAUUGGGUACCAAAUCAUCGCUGUAUUGACUGUAUUCAGACAAUACAUUACAUACUAUAUGUAUGUAUGGCGACUGGUCGAACGAUUUCAGACAAUGCGGGCGCACAUACAUCAGUCAAACAUCGAUAGCCGGCCAUCGAUACUGUCGCAGCCGUUGCCACCGAUUCCCGGCGGUGGCGGCGAUACACACAAAAAGGCUGUACUGAACAGUGCGGCCGCAGCUUUUGCGGCCAACCCUAUUGGCAGCAACGAAAUGCUGGCAGUCUAUGGCCAUCAAAUGCUAGACGAAAACAUCUAUUCCGUACCGCAAGAUCAGGCCAACAAUUGUUUGUCUCGGCCUCGAAGUGCCGGUUUCGAGAACGGAGGCGCCGCCCGAGUCCAACGAUCCCGUUCUAUACCCCGAUCGCAUCCAAUCAAUUCGGGUCUGAAUACUAUUCAUUAUUCAUCGACAACAUCCUCAUCGUCAGCGUCAUCGACGACCAGUACUAACACCAACACCAACAACAACAAUACUGGUCCACCGUUACCGCCGCGUGCCUCGACAUUGGAGCGCAAUCAUAGCCACAGUAGUACCGGCAGUAAUUCGGACAGUAGGCCAGUACUGCCCCGACGGCAGCGCAAGUGUUCGACCGAUUUGGAGUAUAAGCUAAUCGAUAUCGACAUCGAAAGUAUACCGUCGACGCCGACACUGUUGGCAGCUAUCAAACGAGCGACACAUUCGGCAACUGUCGACUACGGCAACAUUGGCGGCGGCGGCGGCGGUACUACCGCUGAUACUUCGGUGGUCAACAAUAAUAAUAAUAAUCAUCAAAACAAUACUAGUCUUCUCGAUUAAAACCUAACAUACCUAACAUUCCCCU